AUGGCAAGAAGGAAAAAGCUGAGAAAGAUCAUUAGGAUGGCUGCACGAAUGAAUGGCAAAGACUUUGAUUCCGUUAUCAGUGCCGCCUCUGUCAAGGCUCGGGAAAUGGAGACAUUUCUGACAAAGUCUAACGGUAACCCUCCGGCAGAAACAGCAUCAACGCCGGAGACAAGCAUGGUGGAAAAUUCCAAAGAUGGCACAAAAGUUCAGGGUGAUAAAAAGCCAGAAAAAUACAACGCAUUGACUAUAUUCAAGCACAAGCGGAUUCUUCUUAACUCUCUCAUUAUUUGGUAUACAUGGAUAACAAACAGUCUUGUGUAUUAUGCUUUAUAUCUUGGUUCCGCGUCCAUCUCUGGCGAUCGUUACAUCAACUUCUUAAUGAUGGCCCUGGUGGAAUAUCCUGCCGCCAUCUGCAUGUGGUAUUCCAUCAAAACAUAUGGAAGAAGGAAAAGUUGUCUAAUAUUCCACACCAUCGCCGGUAUAUCUCUAGCAGUAUCCACAGUGUGUUUACUAUACAAAGAUGACAUUACUGAGUUAGGAACAGUUUCUCUCGUAUUCAACUUUAUUGGAAAGUAUGCGAUCACGGCUUCAUUUUGUACCAUAUUCCUGUAUACAUCGGAGCUAUACCCCACCAACUUAAGGAGCGCUGGACUAGGACUGGCGUCCAUGUGUUCUCGGAUGGGAGGAAUGCUUGCUCCAUUUGCAGCGUCUGUGGCUGGCGUCGUAAUCUGGUUACCAGGAGCUGUCUUUUCUGUCAUGUGUCUCAUAGCAGCCUAUCUGACAUCGCUCCUGCCGGAAACAGCAGAUCAUGAACUACCAACAACUAUAUCGGAGUUGAAGCUGUGGUACAAAGCUAAUACAGGAAGCAGACAGAAACCAAAGAAAGUCGUGGCUUCAUAAACUACUGAUAUUUCUGUGUAACCAGUCAUAAAACCAUUAAAACGAAUUCCUAUUUUA